AUGGCUUCUAUGAUGCUGAGCGCCAACCCCGUUUAUUUUUAUGACCAGGUACGGCCUAUUUCACACAUUAUAGGACUUAUUGGUUUAUUCGCUAAAAACAAAAUUGUAGCGUAAUGAAAAGAAAAUUGCUCAAUUUAAGCUAAAUUAGUCAAACUGUCACUUUAGCGGAGUUGAAAAUUUUAGCUUUGGUUUUCAAUUUACCCUAUUUUACUGUUUAAUCAAUAAACCCCAAAAUGUUUUUUUUCUUAUUAUUUCUGAAGUGUUAUCUAAGCAACACAUUAACCUCACUAAGGUUUUAAGCAACAAUAUGUGCUCUUUUCAAACAAACUCCAGAUUCCUCAACAUUUGAGGCAAUGUUUUCUCCAAUCUUUAGUGAUUAUGUUUUAGUAUUGACUCCAAUAGAGUUAGUUUGUAGUGAUUCAUAAUAAUACCUCUGUCUGUCUCAUUAGAGAUGUUGCACUUUAGCUAAAAGGAGCAAGGUGAAUGGUUAGUGUAAUGAUUAUAUAAGAGAUUUAUCUUGUUGUCAGAUAAGCUUACACUUGAUUGGCCAUCACAGUAGUACUAAAAAUACUCUGUUAUUUAUAUGUACAUAGAGAUUUGGGAGAGAGCACAACUUUUCUUUGUUUUGUUUACAUACUGAGCUGAUAAAUACUACAGCCAAUGCUGCCGCCCAUGAGUGAUGGGAGUUUGUAUGCAAUGGCUAUUUCCCCCUAUUCUUUAUGUUUUUUGGACCAAAUCCAUGUACGCAAUAUAUUUAGGUACAGCCACAUGAUUUGUUGUUUGGCUAUUUCAUUUAACAAACAGGAGUACCUAACAGGGAAAUGAUAAUCACUAAAGUGUGCAUGCAUGUGUACAUAUGUUUAUAGUUCUAUAAAUAAUUUAAUUUUAACCUAAAAGAAACAUAGAAACAUAGAAUGUGAUGGCAGAUAAGAACCAUUCGGCCCAUCUAGUCUGCCCAAUUUUUGAAAUACUUUCAUUAGUCCCUGGCCUUAUCUUAUAGUUAGGAUAGCCUUAUGCCUAUCCCACGCAUGCUUAAACUCCUUUACUGUGUUAACCUCUACCACUUCAGCUGGUAACAUAACAUAUUAGGAAAAUAAAAUGUCAGAAUUUGCUUAUGUUUAUGCAUGAUCACAAUGUGAACUAUGGUUUGACUCAGAUGAAAACAAGAACAAUUAAGAGAACAAAGAAAAUUCCAGAGGAAUUACCGUCUGAUAUGAAGUACAUGAAUAUUAACCCACGUCUUGCAAAUUUUAUUAACAGGUAAGGUAAUUUAUUUGUAGUCAGGGAGAGAGAUAGUAUGUGUUUUAAUUCUGUGAUAUUCAACUACAAAUUGCCAAGCCUCUGCAAUAUUUGGUAUUUGCCUUCACUACAAGCAUAUUUCAAGGGAAAAGCAGAAAUUCUCCAGAUAUAGGGUAACCUAAGCACAAAUAAUAAAAGCAAAAUUUAAAAACUUGUGGACAGGGCGUGGGGACAACAGUGGUUUGGCAUAGGAGAAGCUUAUUGAGACUAGGUAGACAUUGGAGAUACUGAAGUCACUAUGUGGAUUAAAGGGACACUAUAGUCACCCAGACCACUUCAGCUCAAUGAAGUGGUCUGGGUGCCAGGUCCCUCAGGUUUUAACCCUUCAGAUGCAAACAUAGCAGUUUCAGAGAAAUUGCUAUGUUUACAUUAGGGGUUAAUCCGGCCUCUAGUGGCAGUCUUAUGGACAGCCGCCAGAGGCACAUCUGCGACGCUGGAUGCGAAUUUCGCAUCCAUCGCGCAGAGCGUCCAUAGGAAAGCAUUGAGAAAUGCUUUCCUAUGGACUCUUUGAAUCUGUGUGCGGCACUUGACGCGCAUGCGCAUUCCGCUCCACUCGGGAGCUGAUGUCGGACGGGGAGCAGAGGUCACCAGCGCCAAGGGAGCCCGGCGCAGGAUUAAGGUAAGCUGCUGAAGGGGUUUAACCCCUUCAGCGCCACAGGAGGGGACCCUGAGGGUGGGGGCACCCUCAGGGCACUAUAGUCUCAGGAAAACCGCUUUUUUUUCCUGACACUAUAGUGAUCCUUUAAUGUAUGGGUUGAAGAAGUACUCAUUACAGCUUGUCUUGCCUCUUUUGAAUGGGGGUAAUCGGUGGUAAUUCAGAAGAUCCUGUAUAGUUAUACUGAAUUAGUCCAGAAUGAAAGCCUCUCAGAAAUAGAACUGGCAUCAAAUCCAUAACUCAGAGACUGAGACCACUAGCUUAAAAAUUGCUCAGAAAUGAAGUUACAAAUUAAUUAAAAAUAAUAGUAUGUCUGUCGUAUUGAAAAUAAAUUAAUAUAACAAUAAGGGACCCUUGGACUAAUAUUAACCAGGAAGGCUAUUUCAUAAUUGCCCCCUGCCUACCCGAUCUACACUCUGCUGCGGCUUUCUUGUGCACUCAGUGUGUUGAUCAGGAAGUGCUGCCUUCUAUUUCUCUUCUGCCUUCCUGAUCGGUGCUUGCAUUUGGAUUUCCAAAUGCACCAAUUGGCCCAAAAAUGCUUUAUUGGUGAUUGAAAGAGGGACACGGCAUGCUCGCAGCACCCCUCUAUGUAUACUGAUAUGACGCUUAGCGUCAUUUCCUUUGCAGGUAGUGCUGUGUCAUCAUUGCAACCAUUCAUAGUUCUGGGAAUACAUCCUUUCUGCCCUCGUAUUCCUGACCUGUACUUUUAAGUUGUGUAGUGUAGCCGUGACACCUCCAUCACAAUUAAGUUAAAUGGAACCAUCGAUGGUCAUUUCAUGGACAUACAUCUUGCUUAUCUCUCUGUAUUUCUCUUUUUUAAUUAGCAUCAAUAAAAAUAGAAAAGGAACCUCUACUCAAGCUGAAAAAAAGCAACCACCAUUUCCAAAUGAGGACAAAGUACAAGGAGAAGAAAAACACCCCUUGUUACCAGAAAUCAAUAGUUCUAAUUCACCAAAAAAUAGUAUGGAGAAUCUUGUCCAGAAGGUGUCCCAGAUCCAGAUGGAUGAUGACCAGUUCAUGAGUCCUUUUGAAGACCAUAAAUAUGUUGCCCCAACCUUGCUCCAUGAGCUUGGGAAACUACUUUUUAUCUUCUCACAAUAUGAGAUCAUCUUCCCUCAAGGAGUGGUGAAUGUUCUCAAUUACAGCUGGAAAGAGUUAAUUGACGGAGCAGUGUAUAUCAAACGAUAUUGGCAGUCCAAGAAAGUGGCAUCAGAAAUAAGCCUACUGGAAAGUGAAAGCAAGCCACCAGGAGCAGGGACUGCACCUCAUGAAAAAGUGGACAACGCCAAGAAUAGUAAAAACAAAACCAAUGCUGCUCUGGUGGACCAUGGAAAGGAGAAGGGAAGACAGGAUGUGGUUCAAAAUAAACUGCCCGGAAACAAAUGUGAGUACAAAGGAGCUAAUCUUAAAAUUAACCUGUCAUCUACAAAUUGUGUAGAAUGUGACUAAAAGAGGGUCAAAAGAGGGUGGCAUAAGAACAGGGCAAGAGUAAAGAGAUAUAUUGACACCAAAACAACUUUAGCAGUUGUGGUGUAUAGAUCAUGCCCCUACAAUCUCACUGCACAAAUAUCUGCCAUUUGGGAGUUAAAUCUCUUCUGUUUUUUAUUCAGUCCAAGCCAAGCCUCCAUUUAAAAAAAAUGGUUUAAUUUUCAGUCAAAUCUUAUACUUACUGGUAGCAUUUUGACUUGCGUAAUCUAUAGAUGGCAUUAAAAUAAAAAUAAAAAUUUCAAAAUAUUAAUCUAUAUAAUGCUUAUCCAACAAUAUUACAUUAAGUCUCAUGUUAAACACAACACAUGUAUUUUAAUCUGCAAAACCAUCAGUAUAUGAAAUAAGCCUAAAAAUAGAUUUUAUUCCAAAAUUUGAGCUGUUUACGUUCUCAUCUGUCUUUUAUUUCCUGUUUAGCGCCGCAAAGCUUUGCGCCUCAUUUACCUGUCACUAUCAGCUUCUCAAUGUCAUCCAGAGCAUCUGAAAGCAGAGGUAGUGUCCUAUCUGUAUGUAACAAACUGGAUUGUAAACGUGCGUGUGAAAGGCACACAACAUGUACUUAUUGCAGAUAUUAAAUGUUUCCAUUAAUUAUUACGUGGAACACUCUGGACAUUAACACUUCUUUAAUGCAUUUGGCCUCAUUAAUGUGUUGUAAUUUGUGUAUCCUUAAAUGUUUGUAGUUCCUGCAAAUAAAGAAAUAAUUUGUGGAAUGCUCCACAAUAAUCCUUCCCUUUGUAGCCACGCCCCUUAUCUUUUUAUAAAGACUUCCUUAUCAGCGUACAUACACAGCUCAGCCCAUGACAGCACUGAGUGAGCUGAACAGCUGUGUUAGUAAGAGGCGAGGAGACCCAGGUAGACUGUGCUAAAUUUAAGGCCAAAAUAGCCAAAUUAGAAAAAUAUUUUGCGAGUUUUGCUACUUAAAAUUUGAAAUUCACUUUGAAUUUACUUUGACAUUCUCACUUUAGUGAUUCACCUUUUAAAAAAAAAACUUUAAAAUGUCUCUACAUGACUGUUUGUUGUUUCACUGAGUGUGUGCAGCCUGGUUGAGUUGCAAAUUAAGCAGUUUCAUUGUACAGUAUAUAGAAACUCAGCAGGACAUACAGCAAUAUCCACACGAUUUCAAUGCAUUACAUUAACUAUCCUUGGAGUGUUAUGUUUGUCUCAUGAUGAUUUCCUCUGCUCACUUGUAAUAUAAAAUGAAGCUGCUUCAUAGAAAUCACAACCCUGCUGCAGAUAGUCAAUAUGCAGAAAGUAUAUUAUUUUAUACUGUGUGUCUGCCUGUGUGGUUUCUGUUUUUAAUGAAGACUGUUAGACUUUCGUUAGAGCAGCUUACUUUUUCAUAUUCCUGAUAUGGAAGUGUUUAUUUUACCUGAAUUGGCAGAACUGGCUAAGGUGUCAGACUAAUGGUGCAGCAUUCUAUAGAUUUAAUUCUAUUUUUUCAAAAAAAAUAUAACUAUUUGAGUGUGGGAAUAAAUACAGCAUAUUAAGGAGGACAAAGGCUACCACAUGUACUUGCGUUGGUGCCUACCUUUAAUUAGUUUAAUGUCACAUUUAUUUGCUUAUAUGAUUUAUUUGGUUAAUGUGGCCGAGAGGCUUACAGAGACCCUGAAGUCACCAAAUCAGUCUAAAUGAACACUCUGGGCACCAUAACAACUUCCUAGGAAUGAAGUUGGUAUAGUGCAAUGAGGUCCCCGGGCGCUUUCUUUUUUGAAGGGGUUAGAGCCCAUAGGCUCCAGCAGUGAAUCUCCAAUGCUCCUUUCAGGAAGUGUGGAGUGCCCCCAGCCAUGAACUCCACUGAUUGGCUAGAACGGUCAGAUGGUCAAUCAAUAGCCCGCAUUUAUAGAAAAGGUAAAUACUUUUUUAUGAUGAAGUGGUUCUGGUGCCUGGAGUGUUCCUUUAAAUAUUCCUUCUGAAAUCCAACCAUAAGUUGGCUAGAACACCUUUCAAUAUGUCAAGUGUAAAUGUAUCUAACAUGUGAUGCAAUGACAGGCAGAGUGGCCAGAUUGAAUGGUUUUGCACUUGGUAAUAUAGACAUGUAAUUCUAAACAACUCUGCCUACAAUCUGUGAUAAUAAAAAAACCUAGAAACCUUUGCUAACUUUUACAAAAAAAAACAAACAAUCAGAUCUUUAUGUUUCAUUUCCUCUGUGUUUCUGAUUUAAGGAUGGAUUUUUCACAAGACAGAUACAUCAUCUGAAAUGAUGGAGUGGAAGGGCCUCGUUACCUGGGCACUGGAGAGACUGCAACUCGCUCAAAUACAAAUGUAUUGAGUAUUUCAUAUUGUUACAAACAAAGUACACUAGUUAUAUGUAACAUGUCUGUAUAAAAUGUAGAUAUCACACCACCUGCAACCUGAUAUAAUAGCAUAGCAGGGGUUUGCUAUAAUAAAAAAUAAUGAAACAAAUUAAAACAUCACAGUUUUAAUAAACACAAAAUAAAUGCUUAGAAUAACAAUUAAAAAAAGAAAUCCAUCUGAGACAGACAGAGAGGAGCUUGCACUGUGAAAAUGAGGAUUGGAGUGAGAGAACCAUUUAAAGGUAGAUCCCCAGAUGUUAUAGUACUACAACACCCAUGAUGCUUUGCAUGCCUUUAGAAUGUCUUUAGAAUGACAAGGCAUCAUGGAAACUGUAGUUUUAAAACAUAUGGGGCUCUACCUAUUGGGCAUCCCUGAUUUAAAGGGUCUUUAAAGGCCCUUUAUUGUUUAUGAAAGAAUAAUGUCCUAAUCCUCCCCCUUUCAUAAACGCUCAAAGACAAUUUUGAAAAAUGUUUUUACUUACCUUAACCCAGCGCCAGGUAAAGCUCCCGGCAUUGCUUGGCGCAUCCCAAAAUGGAAAAUUGUAGCUCAAAAUUGCAAAACUGGCAAAAUCCUUUAACUCCAAUUGUCAGUUGUUAGUUUUCUAAAAUGUAUAAUUCCCAGUUUAAACCAGGCAUUCACAAGAUUGCAAAUCAUUUCUGAUCCGGAAAAUGGGCAAGUUGUUCACUGUGUUCUUAUAUUUUAGCAUCUGCCCUUCUAAAGUGCCCAAAUCUACCGAGUUAUUUAAUAAAGUAAUUUUAUUAGGGUUAUUUAAUAAAGUGAGAAUUUCAAAUUUAAGGUCAUAGUAGCCAAACUGGAAAGCAUAUCUGACCUAGGGAAUUUUACCUAGAUUGGCAAUUUUAACCUUAAACAAGGGAGAGAGAAGACACGUGACAUUGGAGAUAAGGAAAAUAAAAAUGGCGCCAGACUAGCUCUGAUGCUAAAACCUAGCUAUGCUUCUGUCAUCUGCAAUUUCCUAAAACUUCCUUUUCAAAGAUCUGUUUUUCAGAAGUUAAUGUUUAUGAAGAAUCCUGAGAGAUUUUCCAACGUAUUAGAGUUUCCAUGUGUCGUGAUGGUGAACCAAAAUAUAUUGCUAGUUCAUUCCUCUCACAUAAUUUUUUUUUCAUUUGGACUUCUACUGUUCUACAGUAACAAGCAGUUAACGGCUUUGAAGGAGAAAGGGUGGUCCUAUCCAGUUAUUCUUCGCUAUUACAACAAAAAUAAGAAGGCACCGCAAGUAAAACUCAGAAAAACAAAUAAAUCUCCUUCGUUUUCCCUCACGGAUGGAAAGCCCCCGAUUCCUGUGAUAAAGCGGGAAAAUACCUCUUUGCAGAAACUUCAUUAUGCCCUGAUUGAUGGCUCCACCAUGGUUUAAUAUCCUUCUGAUACAGAUAAUAUCACUUUCUAUUACUGUUAUGCCUAAAAAAAAAUGUAUAUGCUUCUCACGCAAUAAGCUGAGAAAAAGCUAAAAGUUAGAAGAAUAAUAAAAAUACAUAUAUUUUGAGAGUUACAUUAUGAUGGGUAUACUGGUGUAUAAUACCCUAAGAAAAUCUCAUGUAACCCUCGUUUUCUUUUUACAUAAAAUAUUAAAGGGAUACUACAGGUUUUAGCUUAAUAAAGUAGUUUUUGUAUAUAGAUUGUGCCCCUGCAGUCUGCCAUUUAGGAGUUAAAUUACUUUUGUUUCUGUCUAUGUAGCCCUAGUCACAUCCCCCCCGACUGUGACUGACACAGCCUGCAUGAAAAAUGGUUUUAUUUGCAUUUACAGUGCCUUGCAAAAGUAUUCAGCCCCCUGGGCAUUUUUCGUGUUUUGUUGCCUCACAACCUGGAAUUAGCAUGGAUUGUUUGAGGAUUUGCAUCAUUUAAUUUACAGAACAUGCCCACAACUUUGAAGAUUUUUUCUUUUUUUUUUAUUGUGAAGCAAACAACAAAUAGGACAAAAUAACAGAAAAGGUCAAUGUGCAUAACUAUUCACCUCCCUAAAGUCAAUACUUUGUAGAGCCACCUUUUCCGGCAAUCACAGCUCCAAGUUGCUUUGGAUAAGUCUCCAUGAGCUUGCCACAUCUUACCACUGGGAUUUUUGCCCAUUCCUCCUUGCAUUCCUCCUGCUCCAGCUCCUUCAAGUUGGAUGGUUUGCACUUGUGAACAGCAAUCUUUAAGUCUGACCACAGAUUUUCUAUUGGAUUGAGGUCUGGGCUUUGUCUAGGCCAUUCCAACACAUUUACAUGUUUCCCCUUAAACCACUCAAUUGUUGCUUUAGCAGUGUGUUUGGGGUCAUUGUCCUGCUGGAAGGUGAACCUCCGUCCUAGCCUCAAAUCACGCACAGAGUGGUACAGGUUUUGCUCAAUUAUAUCCCUGUAUUUAGCACCAUCCGUCUUUCCCUCAACUCUGACCAGUUUCCCAGUCCCGGCUGCUAAAAAACAUCCCCACAGCAUGAUGCUGCCACCAUCAUGUUUCACUGUGGGGAUGGUGUUCUUUGGGUGAUGUGAUAUGUUGGGUUUGCGCCAGACAUAGCAUUUUCUUUGAUGGCUGAAAAGUUAAAUUUUAGUCUCAUCAGACCAGAGCACCUUCCUCCAUACAUUUUGGGAGUCUCCCACAUGCCACAUUUUCGCAAACUCAAAACGUGUCAUUUUGUUUUUUGCUGAAAGUAAUUGCUUUCUUCUGGACACUCUGCCAUAAAGCCCAACUCUAUUGAGCGUCCGGCUUAUUGUCGUCCUACAUACAGAUACUCCAGGCUCUGCUGUGGAACGCUGCAGCUCCUCCUGGGUUACCUUAGGUCUCUGUGCUGCCUCUCUGAUUAAUGCCCUCCUUGCCUGGUCCGUGAGUUUUGGUAGGCGGCCGUCUCUUGGCAGUUUUGCUGUUGUGCCAUGUUCUUUCCAUUUGGUUAUGAUAGAUUUGAUGGUGCUCCUGUGGAUCAUCAAAGAUUUGGAUAUUUUUUUUUAUAACCUAACCCUGACUUGUACUUCUCAACAACAUUGUCCCUUACUUGUUUGGAGAGUUCCUUGGUCUUCAUGGCAGUGUUUGGUUAGUGUUGCCUCUUGCUUAGGUGUUGUAGCCUCUGGGGCCUUUCAAAAAAGGUAUGUAUAUGCAAUGACAGAUCAUGCAACACUUAGAUUGCACACAGGUGGACAUCAUUUCACUAAUUAUGUGACUUCUGAAGGUAAUUGGUUGCACCAGAGCUUUUUAUAGGCUUCAUAACAAAGGGGGUGAAUACAUACGCACAUGCCAAUUUUCUGUUUUCUAUUUCUAAAAAUAGUUUUAUGUAUCUAUUUUUCUCAUUUCACUUCACCAACUUAGACUAUUGUGUUCUGAUCCAUCACAUACAAUUCAGAUUAAUAAAACAUUGAACUUAAGGCUGUAAUGUAACAAAUUAGGUAAAAAAUCAAGGGGGUGAAUACUUUUGCAAGGCACUGUAUACAUUAACUUGCUUUAGAAGUUUUAAUCUCCUGAUCUGUAAAUUGAACUUUAAUCACACACAGAAGGCUGUUGCAGGGUCUAGAAGGCUAUUAUCAGAGCAGAAGAUAAGUAAUUAUAAAUUAAACAGACUGUGUAAUAAAAUAAGUAUAAACAUUAGAUUAAUCUUUACAGGAAUUGUUUAGAAAGGCUGUGUAAGUCACAUGCAGGGAGGUGUGGCUGCACAAACAAAGUGAUUUAUCUUUUAAAUGGCAGAGAAUUGAGCAGUGAGACUCAUGGGAGUCCACGGGGGGAGGGGGAGAGGGGCUGGAGGGGAGGCAUAACUGGAUCACUAUAGUGUCAGGAAAACAAAGCGGUUUUCCUGACACUAUAGUGCCAUGAGGGAGCCCCCACCCUCAGGGUCCCCCUCCCGUGGUGCUGAAGGAGUUAAAACCCCUUCAGCAGCUUACCUUAUUCCAGCGCCAGGCUUCCUCGGCGCUGGUGACCUCUCUUCCCCCGCCGACGUCAGCUCCCCCGUCAGACGUCAGCAGAGCCGAAUGCGCAAAGGCUUCCUCCAGGUCGCACAGUGGUAUUCAGAUUCUGUACCGGGAAGUGCAGAUUGACGCCAGGCAUGGGUGACGCUGAUUGGCUAGAGUGGUCAGCUGACACUCUAAGCAAAUCGCUAGCUCCCAGUUCAUAAUUUUUUUAAACUUUUUUAUGAAUGGGGAGCUACUGAUUGGCUUAGAGUGCCAUCUGACAGCUCUAGCCAAUCAGCGACACCCCUACCCAGCGGCACUCUGUGCUUCCUGACACUCCGUAAAUAAAAGUGAACACAUUAACACUGAUGGGUUUUUUUACCGUCGGAGAUGAAAAGGUCCAAAGUUUCCCUGCCAGGCCCAGCUACAAAGGCCUUAUGAUGUGGUGUCCAGAAUAAAGUGGAGGGAUCACUUCACUUGUCCUUCCGGCUCCAAUCUCCUUUUAUUCUCCUUCAUUUAACAUCCCUUUCUGCUACUUUCGCUCCCUUCUGCUCAUUGCAGACCUUUUCUGUUCCUUGCUGAUCCUUCCUGCUCCUUGCUGACCCUUUCUGCUAAUUUCUGUUCCUUUCUGCUCUUUCUCCUACCUUACCUUUGUGUUCCUUCGGCCCCUUCCAGCUUCUUGCUGCCCCUUUUUGGUCCUUGCUAUCCCUUCCUGUUCCUUUCUGCUCCUUAUUCUACUUUACCUUUGUGCUUCUUCUGCCCCUUCCAGCUCCUUGCUGCCCCUUUCUGCUACUCCUGCCCCCUUCUGCUCCUUGCUGCCCCUUUCUGCUCCUUGCUGUCCCUUCCUGCUCGUUUGUGCUCCUUCUCCUACUUUACCUUUGUGCUCCUUCUGAUUCUUUCUGCUCCUUUACCUUUGUGCUCCUUCGGCCCCUUCCAGCUCCUUGCUGCCCCUUUGUGGUCCUUGCUGUCCCUUCCUGUUCCUUUCUGCUCCUUAUUCUACUUUACCUUUGUGCUUCUUCUGCCCCUUCCAGCUCCUUGCUGCCCCCUUCUGCUCCUUGCUGCCCCCUUCCUGCUCUUUUGUGCUCCUUCUCCUACUUUACCUUUGUGCUCCUUCUGAUUCUUUCUGCUCCUUUACCUUUGUGCUCCAUCUGCCCUUUCCAGCUCCUUGCUGCCUCUUUCUGCUCCUUGAUGUCCCUUCCUUCUCAUUUCUGUUCCUUCUCCUUUCUGCUCCUUCUCCUACUUUACCUUGCUGCCCCUUUCUACUCCUUCUCCUACUUUACCUUUGUGCUUCUUCUGAUUCUUUCUGCUCUUUUACCUUUGUGCUCCUUCUGCCCCUUCCAGCUUCUUGCAGACCCUUCCUGCUAAUUUCUGUCCCUUCCUGCUCCUUGCUGACCCUUUCUACUCCUUGAUGUCCCUUCCUUCUCCUUUCUGCUCCUUCUCCUACUUUGCCUUUCUGCCCCUUGUUGCCUCUUUCUGUUCCUUUCUGCUCCUUCUCCUACUUUACUGUUGCACUCCUUCUGUCCCUUCCUGCUCCUUGCAGACUCUUCUUGCUCCUUGCAGACUCUUCUGCCCCUUUCUGCUCCUUCUACUUUACCUUUCUGUUCCUUCUGAUUCUUUCUGCUCCUUUACCUUUGUGCCACUUGCAGACCCUUUAUACUCCUUGCUGACCCUUCUACUUUAGCUUUGUGCUUCAUUAAGCUAAAGUUGUUUUGGUGACUAUAGUGUCCUUUUAAUGAUGGCCUCCAUUAACAUUAAAGCACUGAAGGAUAGCCAGACUGCUUUAUAAAAUGCAUAGAAAGAUUCUGUAAUGUAUUGUUUUUGUUUAAAAACAUAUUCCCUGAUAAUACCUUAACAAACUGCUGUCUAAUUAUCCGUCUGGACAUCUAGCUGUGUGUCAGAGCUCCUCUGGGCUGCCCUGUGGAGGAUUUUACAGCAAUAUAUUCUCUUCAGAGCAGGUCAUGCUGGGAACAUUCACCCCUUUUGGACAUGGAAGUGUCUGCUUCCCUGACAGGUUAGCAUCACUAUUGAAUAUGGAAAAUGGAUUCAAUCAUAUGUAAUGGAUCACACAAUAGAUUGUACAUUCCAUUAUAGCAUUUUGUAGGUUGCUGUGUCUAGCUGCCACUCACAGCUGCUACUCACUAAGCAUCUUGUGACCGAGGUUGUUUUGUCCAUAUCCUACCUAGGCUGAGCCACUUUCCGCCACAGCUGAAUUUUAUGUUUCGCCGUCUGGCAGGAGAUUCAGUUUCCCCAACUCUUCUACUGCUAACAGAUGUUAACUUGUCAUCUUUUAAAACGACUCUGUUACUUGUUUUUUUUUUUAUCUGUUGGUCAUGUCUCAAAUCCCCCUUGCAUGCACCGUUUUUAAAGUUAUUUAUUUAUUUUAACACUUUUCCCCCCCAAGUUAUACAUUAGUAAAAGCAGGAAUAACUUUUUCUUAAGUAGAACCAGCAUGUUGAUGUUAACAAAUGGUGGACCUUUAGACUUACUCACUCUCUUAUCUGUCGAUCUCCAGGUCCCCCAUGCGACAUCUGGCUUCUGAAUCUGUGUUACAGGAAGUGCAAAGUGCCUUCAGACAGGGGCGCUGCUGUCAGUUGAUGCUCUAAGCCAAUCAGUAGCUCCCCAUUCAUAAAAAAAGGUACAUACAUCAACUGACUGCUGUAGCCAGUCAGCGGCGCCCCUGCCUGAAGGCACUCAGCGCUUCCUGUAACACAAAUUCAGAAGCCCGAGGAGAUCGACUGGUAAGAGAGUGCCCGGGGGCCUCCUGACACCAUAGCAGCUUUCUGUAGAUGAAGUUGUUAUGGUGCCUAAACUGUUCCAUUCAUUUUUUUAAAUUAACUUUGCUUCUGUUUCUGUUUUGCCAGCAAAAUGUUUGCUCUGCAGUAUAACCAGAUAGGUGGAGUGAUGUCUGAUAAAGAAGGUGAAAUAGUGAAAGAAUGGCAAUGGCCUCGGAAAGGAAAGUUAUCCGAUCCAAUUACAUUGCAGGUAACAAGCGAAUGGUAGGAUUGUUCUAUAAUCAGUAUGUUUUAUUUGCUAAAUCAUAAUUUUUGAAACAUUAACAACCCAACUAUUGAAUAAAGGCCAAAAUAGCCAAGUUUAAAAAAAGAUUUUGUCUGGAAUCGCUUAUUUUUGCUCAUCUAGAAAGGCAAAUCACCUUGAAUUCUAUUAUUUAAAGGGACAUUCCAGACAUAAUGCUAUACUGUUGAUAAAAAAAAUUAAAUGGGAAAAAGGAAUUCUCCAAUCAAUGCUCCUGUGCUCAAGGAAUUAUAGGGUAUGUAGCACAGCUGAUGGCUCUCUAGUGACAGCUGUACAGUGUACUACAAAUCUAUGUCAAAUCGAAAAAGGAGAAAGGAAUAGAAAGUCCUGCAGAUAGCCUGGUUUAACAAAUUGCCCAAUAAAAACUAAAGAAGACAGAGUGGCCACGGAUGGGCCAUCAUAGGUAGUUUCAGUAUGAGCCUCAUAUGAAAAAAAAUGUUCCCUCAAUAAAGUACUUAAAGGAAAACUAUAGUCACCUAAAUUACUUUAGCUAAAUAAAGCAGUUUUAGUAUAUAGAUCAUUCCCCUGCAAUUUCACUGCCAUUUAGGAGUUAAAUCACUUUGUUUCUGUUUAUGCAGCCCUAGCCACACCUCCCCUGCCUAUGACUGACAGAGCCUGCAUGAAAAAAAAAAAAAUGGUUUCACUUUCAAACAGAUGUAAUUUACCUUAAAUAAUUGUAUCUCAAUCUCUAAAUUGAACUUUAAUCACAUACAGGAGGCUCUUGCAGGGUCUAGCAAGCUAUUAACAUAGCAGGGGAUAAGAAAAUCUUAAUUAAACAGAACUUGCAAUAAAGAAAGCCUAAAUAGGGCUCUCUUUACAGGAAGUGUUUAUGGAAGGCUGUGCAAGUCACAUGCAGGGAGGUGUGACUAGGGUUCAUAAACAAAGGGAUUUAACUCCUAAAUGGCAGAGAAUUGAGCUGUGAGACUGCAGGGGCAUGUUAUAUACACCAAAACUGCUUCAUUAAGCUAAAGUUGUUCAGGUGACUAUAGUGUCCCUUUAAAUUGCAAGUAUAAAGUAAAGUUGUACCUUUUUAAAUAGUUUUGUUACUUAGUUUGUUGUAUAGUACAUAGAAAGCAACAUUUUGAUUUUGAAGAAAUGCACUAAUAUUUCCAUUUUAUUUAGGUUAAUGAAAACAUAUCUGUUAGGAUUGUGGGUCAGUUUGCUAUUACGUUGAUCUACAAAUGGCAGCAUGAAACUGUGCGCUUAUCUCUGUCACCCCUCCUUGAGGUUCCCCCUCCGCAGCUUGAAGAUCUGGUAAGUUGAUGUACAAUUUACUCAGCUGAGGCCUGAGCAAGAUAUGAAUGUACUAUAAGCUAUGUAUGUCAUAAAUACGUCUUGCUAGAUCUUAAAGCAUUGUGUUUCUCUUUAUAUCAGGGGCUGCUGCUGACUAAUGAACAUUUUUCUUCAAGAACAGCGAGAGAGCUUUGCAAGGGUAUCAAGAAAAAGGGAAAGGACUCAAAAAAGAAUCCAAAGAAAGCUGUAAGAAAAAAACAGGAUUUCCAUUACAUUCCAUACACUUUUUUGUUAUAUAUAUAUAUAUAUUUGUUUAUUUAUUUUUAUUCUAUUAUCUGGUUUGUAACCAAAAAAUAGCUAGUUUUGUUUUAUAAGGAAAACACAGAAGUAUUAAAAAUAAUUUAGACAAUAUGUUUUUUUGGAGAGUAUCGUAAAUGUGCCUUUUGCAGAAGACAGCGCCAACUGUGCUAACUGCUACAGCUCUGUUUGUUAAAUAUCACAAUAUCUAUGUUUGUAUGGAAUUGUAACCUUUAUAUAAAACGUAUAGCAGAUUCUAAAUUGUUCCUAAUUGGAAUUGCAGUUUGGGGGGAGGGAGGAUCCCCAAAAUACCUCACAAUAAAGGUAAUUCAGGGAUUUUUCAGAUUUUAUUGAAUAACCCCAAAAUGACCCUUGCCACUGUAGAUAUGCUCUCUCUCUAUGGUAAAUAGUAUUACUGUCUUUGCUUUUACUCAAUACAUUAUUUAUUAAUGAAGGUCAUGGAUACGAAUUGAACUGUUGCCAUAUCCUAAAUAAUUUAAAGUGGUUAAACCGGGCACAAUGCUGAGGACAAAAUGAGAGCACACAAGAGAACACUUUGUGAACAAAAAAUAAGAAAAUGGCUUGUGGUUGCUUUAUCUUACAAUAAAAAAGGGACAGGGGCAUUCUUGGAGCGGGCUGACCUCUUGAAUAAACCAGAAUUAAGUUCCUGAAAAAGGCACCCUAUCAUUGUUAGCCCUGAGAAAUAACACCUCCAGUUCAAUAAUUAGUGCCACAUUAUUGCACCAUAUUUGGUGUUAAUUAUACAGCAUGGUCAGGGGUGUUACUAGGGUAAAAAAACACCCAAGACUCAAGCCCAAAAAAUGAUUGGUGACUCCUUUUUGAAGUGCUCCGAUGGCCCCUUCCCCCAUUCCAUCACUUAACAAGCCUCUUGGCACAUUAACAUUUACUUACAGACACACACACAGCUAUAUACACACACACACAGAUGGGCAAACACAGACAACCUCAGACACACACAGGCGCACACAGGCAAAUACAACAUCAUAGCAGAAAUUUUAGGGUUUGUGCUAGAGGUGCCAGGUUUACAGCAGGUGUAGGUUUAAUAGAGCAUGAUGUGUAGUUCAUAAAUAUAGGUUUAUAUACAAUCUUAAUUCAUUCAAAGAUUCAUAGAUCCUCUAGCAACACCUGAGACUGGGCUCAUUUCCAUAAUCACUUCAAUAUCUGCAAGAUUUCUGAAGAUGGUGUUUAUGUAGUAAAGUUAUCCUGUGCUGUCAUUUCUCUCAACACUCAAAUGGCCAAGAACAAGCUUUCACUUUAAAAGGUGUGGCUGGUUGUGUGACCAGAGAAAGGACUGAUACUGAUAACCAUUCAUGUAAUUGAAAAAUGUUCAAUUAUAUUAAGGAUAAUGUUUCUUGUACUGUUCACAUAAACAGUUAGGAUCUUUAAACCUGCUCUGGUCUAUCAGACUGUAGAUUGAUAUGCUUCAUUGGUAGCUUUUAUACAUGUCUUGUACUAAAAGGGAAACCUUUUACACCUAAGAAUUGUGUAAGAAUCCCUGAUACGGACACACUGUCACCAAAAAGGAGUUGUCUACUUUAAUUUACAUUUAGAAUACAGAAUUCAAGAUUCCAACUGAUGCCGGGUGAUGUGUUCUCUGUGUAGGCCUACCCUACUGAACUGUCAAUCAGACAGCCUCCUAUCCCACUUCCUGUAUGUAUGUUUAAUCCAGCUAGAAUUGGGGUGCAACAGCACUGUUCCUCACUAGUGUCCUCCACAGCACGCCAAUAUUUAAUUAUGAGAAGCAUUGGAGUGGUCAAGAGUACAGAUAGCAACCCAUGUAGGAUUUGAUCCAGUACUCCUUUAUGAGAAGCAUUUCACUGUGCAUUGUUAUAAUUGUUAUUAAUUAUAAAGUGCCAAUAAAUUCUGCGGCGCUAUACAAUCGGUGGACUAACAGCCAUGUAUUUGUAACAAGACGAGCUAGACUCACAAGAAGAGGCCCUGCUCAAUAGAGCUUACAUUCUAGAAAGAGUUCAACAUUAACAAAGAAGUGGAUCUGCAGCUUAAUGCAGCUGAUUAAUUAAACAUUUGUAUGGGGUUAAAAUUUUUGUUUGCAAUUUUGAGCAAAUGUGUUUUUUAUGAGGAGCAUGGACAUUGAUAAAUAAAAUAAGGUGUGUUUUGACCCCCUCCCUUCCCAUCAAAAUUCAGCCCCUUUACUUGUUUAAUAAUGUUCUGUUUUCAUGUAGACCAUUUUAUCACAGCUGGCAAAAACGCUUGAAAUUCCUGAAAAUCAAAUAAGCACAUUAAACGACUACAGUGCAGCUACGGAGCUCCACAAGAUCCAGAGAAAAGUGCGAAAUAUUGUGGAUGACUGGAUGGACCAUUACCGCUUGGCUUUGGGUAAGAUUUUCUAUUAUGCAAUAUACAGAUGUCUGUAAAUAUGUAAGGGGUGGCAGCUAUGAUCAGGCAUUAGGCACAAAAAUGUAUCCUAUACCAUGUCGAAAGGCUAUAUCAUUCUAAUGUCACUGCUUGCACUUGUGUAGGUGUUUGUGAUUAUUCCAGUGAACUUGAGAUGUUUAUUCCUUUCUUCUGUUACUUUGUGCAAGCUGUUUUAAUUGCCUUUAUGGAAUCUCAAGGGUAAAAAAUAAAAAGCAGAUUCUUGAGAAAACACUUAAAUGUACAAUGUACUAUAACCCCAGACCAUGAUACAUGGUGGAACUCUGGUGUCAUCUUCAUUAGCAAGCUAAACGUAAAUCAAUCUAUGCUAUAUCUUUAAUCUUCUGAAUUGCUGUUUUUUUGUAGGUAUUGACUCCCCUCAUAUAAAAAGGAUGUCCGAGGCUCCUCCAAAAAUGUCAAGAAGACGUAAAGUUCAGUCUGCCAUUGUGUUCCCUGUGACAUUAUCUGCUCCAAAGCCGGGGACCAUCAAGCAGACUGAUACAGAGGAUACGAGUAUAGAAAGUCUUCUUCAAGAACGUUUUCGGUCUGCUCCAGCUUAUAUCCACAUGAAGCGUUGUGAUACUCCUCGGAGCUCUACUUCUCCCAGGUAUGACAGAGAGGAAUAAAAUACAGACCAUUAUAUUUAUAGAAAAUAUUGAAUCUAUAUCAACAUUCUACUAGUAUUCCAAUUCAGAGUACCACAGAUGAACACAAGAAGGGUUUGUGUGGGAGGAGAUGUCUACUAGAAGUUACAAUUUACAGAGAGAGAAAAGUAACAAAUAGGUAAAAUAUUUUUACACAUUGUAAAGCAGCGAGAACAUCCCUUAUCCUGGAAUCUGAAAUGUCUUGGCAUGUUUGGACUGUAUCAUAUCUAGGCGCCAACUCUUUCUUGAAUAUGAAUUUGUGUGUUAAAGACUUACAUUAUUAUUAAGCCUCCAAUUUUGAAAUACAUGAAAUUAACAUUUAAUCCAAUGCUGCAAUAUUCCUGGUGCUGCAGCAACUCCACGCACUGUAAGAUUAACAUGAUCAAUAAUAUUGGGCCAUUCCAACUCUGCCCAUAGGGAGGUAUUGGGGUUCCAUGGCGCAUAUGUGACAAAGCUGCAGUCUACCAAUCAGAUGCUUCUCACGGAGAAGCAUUCAUUCCAAAGCUUUUCUAUAAGAAGCCUUCACAGUGUUUGGUGAUGUCAAACAUGACGGAAUUCAAUAAUUGAAAGUCUUCAUAAGAAAGUGCCUCUAGUGUCUUUCUUAUUGGCAGUCACUAGAGGCAUACUUAAUGGUAAAUAUAAACAUGGACUUUUCUCAUAACUGGCAAUGUUUACAUCUGUCUGAACGCACUAUAGAUAUAGUGUUUUUUGUGCUUCGCUUGUCCCGUUAAAGGUUUUUUUUUUUUUGACAGUCUUUAUUUUGACUUUUAGCAUGGGUACAGUGUGUCAGUUUUUGAACAGAGUAAGGUACAAAGUAUCAACUUAUAAGAUAUAUAACAUCUAACAGGAUUGAAACAGUAUGUGAACAAAUCAAACCACGGAGGAUCUUAAAACAGUGAACAUGUUACAAUGUUAAAGGGUUUUUUUUAUCAUCAAAAUGCAUAUGUGUAGAAAAAUGAAAUCUUCAAAAAAUAAUUCUACGUUAUACCGGUACUUUUUCAUAUAUAUGUGUGUUUGUAUAAUUUUCUUUUUUCUGACAAGAUAGGCUUGCAUGGUAUCAUAUAAAUAUGUUCUUCUGUGUCACAUUAAAAUAAACGCAAUCAGACUUCCCUGGUUUUUCUUAGAAAACCAGAUUUAUUUUUCCUGCUUCACAAGUUCAAAGCCAGUUCUUACAAUGUCAUUAAUGUUAAAAUGGUCAACAGCUGAUGGUAUAUGCAGGAUAUUCAGAGUGCAUAGACGCUCUGCCUUUGAUGUUCUGUGUCUCCUUGUCUCCCGUUCUAUAUGUACACCACCAAAGUGGGUGUGCAAACAUUACAAAGUCAAUUCUAUUGAUAUAAUAUGCUUGUUGGAAAUUUUAAUAACUAUAUUAGGUCAUCCCAUGUUCCACGGACACUCAGAAAUAGAAAGGACAAACACUUCUUAUCAUCAACCAUGCCUUAGUGUGAAAUGCACAUAAGAAAGUUUCCAAAAAACUGAAUAUUUUACAAAAUGUCAGCUACUGAAUGGUAUUAUCCAACCUUCACAAAUAUAAAUAUGUCCAUGGUGUGAUACAGGAAGUCUUAUUAAAUUUGAAGCUGUAAAGUUGAAAUAAUUGAAAGGAGGUAUGUGUAAUGGAUGGACAGCUCCUCUAUGAUAUUUCUUUAAUUUUGAAUACUCCAAAUCCCCAAUCUCGAGGGGCAGGGCAGGACAGCUAAGAUGGCCAGACGUGUUUCCUCUCACCUCCAGCUAAACUGAGCUGAAUUUACUCUGUUUUUUGCCUGAGACUCUACAUGCAGUAGCCCUGAACAAGCAGCAGACAGUUGCUAAACAGAGGGGGGUUUCGAGAAUACCUGCUUAUAAUCGUCCGGCCAUGCACUCACCACCACUACUUCCGACUGUACGGCCUACUAGGCCUGAGGGUCUGGUGGUUGGGGGAGGCAGAUGAUCUCCCGACACGGGGCCCACAAUGCAUAGCUACUCGCAUGACACCCCGCGUCCCCCCCUUUGGACUGGCGGGGGUUAUCUCUUCCCACUGGCUGGCCACUAGUCCUUGUGUGGAAACCAGAGCCAGAUAGCAACCUGCAUGAAAGACGCAACCGAGAGUGGCAAGAUGGUGGCUGCGCUUCUCCCUCAUGAGCCUACCUCUGAGAAGUCCCAGACAGAUUGCUGUUCCUAGUUGGAACAGUCUGUGCUACGGCUGGAGGGAAUAUUCUCACUCUUCUGGGACACCCUGGAGAAACAUGUUAUGCUGAUUACACCACAAGAAGAGAACCGUGGGAAUUAUGAACUGGAGGUGAGCGGGGCCAAUCCGGGCACAGCCAACUCUAUCCCGCAAGGUGCACCCACCUAGGCUGAAGGCCUUCAAGGGUAACCCCCCAAAGCAUCAUCCAUGUAGAAGGAAGACUAUCCACUACAGGCGGCAUUGAAUAAUCACAGUCUCCUGUCACCCCCAUUGUGGGAAGGACUUGGACUCCCAGAGACACAGAGUCCGUGGUACCAAGAUGCCGGCCUCUGUGCAGGCCUGGGUUUGGAAGGUAGCCCUGCCUCACUUCCUCUGAGUUGGUACCUUUGUCGGAUCAGAUGAGAGGUCACUGCAUUUUCCCAUGCUUGGCAUCGGAUGAAAGAGUUCUCACCUGUUUAGAUAGCCCUAUUUUUCUAUGGAUGCAAUUUAUCUCCUAUCUGGGCUUCCUAGGCAUUUAUUUGAUGUAUCUGUGUUCUUUAUGUUUAUUAUUUCUUUUACUUAUCCACUAUGCUUUUGUUUUUAACCUUGUAUAGCACAUUAAUACUCUCUAGAGUGCAAGCUUUAGAGGCUCAAUACCAGUGGGUGACACUUUAGAGGAACGUACCUUCUUGUACAAAUCACACCAGCUCUAAGUUUCAUACCACCUGCUUUGCAUGCCCAUAUCCAGUGGCCAGCCCCAGUGGACGUUAACCUACUUUGUUCAUAUGACUUACAAGCAUGUUUUAUUAAUUCCCCCUUUUUAGAUAAGCCAUACUGUCAAAUAGUAAAGCUUAUUUUCACUGUUACCCAAGAUUGCAUAUCUAUUGACGUAUAUAUGAUUUAAGCAUGCUCCUCAUAUCUAAAACAUGUGCUGUUAACGCAUAUGCCAUGUUACUGUUGUUUACUUCGCAGUGUUUACGAUGGCUUGUUCCUGCUAUUGUGGCAUAACAAGCAUGUCGUUAUUGUGAGCACUGAAACAAAUAAAGAUUGACAAAUCUCCAAUCUCUUAAAAUGUCACAGUGUAUAUGCAGAAUGACACAAUGCAAAUAGUUUACUGGUGCAGUGAAGUCUCCAUUCAAUAGGCAGGAGUUAAACUUUGAUCACGCUAUGUAUUGUGGUUUUAAUAGAAUGAAGGCCUUCCAUUUACAUGUUUUCAACUGCAAUCAUAAUUCAUAAUGGGCUGUCUUUGUGCUGAAAUGGUUGGCCUUGCAAGGUUGACAGUCAGCCUGGUGUGAAAAUUCGUAUAUUCACACCAGGCAGGGCCGGUGCAAGGAUUUUUGCCGCCCCAGGCCUCUCCCCCCCCUCCUUUCCCUUAGUGGCCUCUGCCCUCCCCCCCAUCUUUCCCUUAGUGGUCUCUCCUCCUUACUCCCCUCCAUCUUUCCCUUAGUGGUCUUUCCCUCCCCAGUGUCCCUUAGUGGUCUCUUCUCCCCCACCACCAUCGUUUCUUUAGUGGUCUCUCCUCCCCCCACCUUUCCCUUAGUGGCCUCUCCUCCCCCCCGGUGUCCUUUAGUGGUCUCUCCCCCCCCUCCAUCUUUCCCUUAUUGGUCUUCCCCUCCCUCUAUCUUUCCCUUAGUGGUCUUUCCCCCCCCCCCGUGUCCCUUUGUGGUCUAUUCCCCCCAGUGUCCCUUAGUGCCAUCUCCCAUCCCUUCCCUGUUGUGCCUCCUACCUCUUUGCCGCGGUACAGUAGCUUUUGUUUCCCAUACCCGGCCGGACUGACAGGAAGUGCUUACUGAGAGAGCACUUCCUUUCAGUCUGACUGGGUACAGGAAGCUCCUGUACUGUGGUCCGUGCGGACCGGCCAUGCUACACUGAGUGACUAGCAGGAGGGAGCCUAAGUAGCCUAUAGGACGCACCGGCCCUGACACCAGGCUAAUCUGCCAGUAACAUGUUUGCCCCCUUUUGAGUGGAGCUAAUAACAAAAUUACAUCACUGACCCACUUAUUUUACCCCUUGCCAUUGACUUUCUGAUUCCUGGACUGCCAAAAGGGGAAGGUAUGCAGAAAUGUAUCUUUAAACUACAGUAAAUGUGUUUAGAAAUCAAUCAGUGUAAAUAAGAUACAAUUUUCUUGUUCCAAAUUACAUUUCAGUUGCAUAAAUUGUUAUUAGUAAGUCAGUUAAAAUUUCCCAGACAGCCCUGCCCUCUUUGACCAUUUGAAAUGUUGGGAGUUAUGCUAAUGUGUUUUAACAAAGAAUAUGGGACAGUGGUUUGAUAAUGAAAUCAUACUACAUUUAACAAAUCCAGACCAUGGAACUUAAAAUUUGAGUCAGAAUAGUUAUACAUCAAGCAGCUAUUUCUUCAUAUAUAUUUUCAAGAAUGUGAAUACAUUUCUCAGAGAUUUACUUUCUUAUUGUCAUUAUUUGCAGACCUUCUUCUCUUCGAAGUUUAAAAAAAGAACGAACCAUUACAGAAUCCAGUCUCAGUAAGAGUGUAUCUAAUUUACCAAUCAUCAAUAAAUCAAGGUAACAUUUACAAACUAUAGAUAUUUUCUAAUUAUUAUUGGUAUUUAUAUAGCGCCAGCAUAUUCCGUAGCGCUUUACAAUAUUAUAAAUGGGGGAGAUUUAACAAUAAUGGAUACAAGUACAAAAACGUACAGGAGCAAUAUAAUGAAGAGGACCCUGCUCAAAUUAGCUUACAGUCUAGAGGGCUCAAAUCCCCAUCCUGUAUAUAAUUGUAUGAAAGCUAAAUAAUGAAAUUUAAAUUAACAAAGACCGAUAGAUGAUCAAAGCACCUCCAAACGUUAAUAGUAGACAAGUCUACUUCCAAACUGAGAGAUUUCUCCAGUACUUUAGUUAUAAUUAAGGUACUGGAAAUGUUAGGACAUAAAGCUGAAUUGAAUAUAUUCUCCAGUUUUUUCUUUUUUAGUCAAUAUUUGUUUAAUUGAAUGCAUAUUUUAUUUUGUGCUCACUAAAAGAUUAGACAAGCCUCUUUUUUAGAUAAAUAAAAUUAACAAAAAUAAUAAUAAAUGUACACAAGAUGUCAAGCAUGUCUAAUCUGGAGACAGAGAUUAGUAAACAUACAGUUUGGUAUAACUAGACCACUGGGGAUCCGGGGGGGGGGCAACGGGCAAUGGGGCAAUAGCCCCCCGAGGUUCUCCCCUGCCGGCUAAUGCAGGGCUUGUACUAUCCAAGCACCAGCCCUGCAAUGUGCCUUCACAGACCGGAGGGGAGAUCAGAGAUCUCCCUCCACGGUCCGCAGGCACUGUGCGGGCAACCGGCAGGGGAGGGAGGGAAAGAGGACCUGGGAGUUCAGCCUGCAGCUCCUCCGGGUCCUCCUCUCGCGGGCUAGAGUUCACUCUUACCACUGGGACCACCGGCAGGGACGUAUUAGCCGCGAGGCAAACAAGGCAUUUGCCUUGGGCGGCAUUUUUCAGGGGGCGGCAAAAAAAGCCACCCCCCAAAUGCCCAGGACAAAUGCCUUGUUAGCCUUGCGGCUAACUGAAAUGCUGGGCUGGGCGGGCGGCUGGCGAGGGAGCACUUCCUCUGAGCGGUCUGCUCAGCUCCCUCGCGCGCCGCAGAGUGAGGCUGGGAGCCGGGUUGAUGACGUCAUAUUCCGGUUCCCAGCCUCACCCUGCUGCACGCGAGGGAGAUGAGCAGACCACUCAGAGGAAGUGCUCCCUCGCCAGCCGCUUGCCCAGCAGUCCAUCAGCCUAACCGGCAGCAACUGGACCCCCAGGGUGAAGGAGAACCCCCCUCCAGCAUUCCCAAUGGUAAGGAGGCUGGGGGGUGGUUAAAUUAAAAAAAAAAGUGUUAAUGUGACUGUGUGUGUGUGUCUGACUGUGUGUGUCUGACUGUGUGUGUGUGUGUCUGACUGUGUAUGUGUAUGUGUCUGACUGUGUGUGUGUGUGUGUGUGUCUGACUGUGUGUGUGUGUGUUUGUGUCUGACUGUGUGUGUGUAUUUAGAAGGUGGAGGGGGGGAGGGUUGGGGGGGGUGCCUGAGUUUUGUCCUGCCUAGGGCAGCACAAAACCAGGAUACACCACUGACCACCGGGGAUUCUCCACCGGACCACCAGGGUUUGAGAAAUAUACAUUUAUUUAUUUUUAUUUAAAUUUUAGUUUUUAUAUAAAAAAGCCUCCCUACCCUCCUCAUCACACAUUCACACACAUUGCCCCCCCAUACACACACUGCCCCACACACACACAUACACUGGCCCUACAUACAUUGCCCUCCCAUACACACACUGCCCCCACACACAUAUAUACACUGCCCUCCACCCCACACACACACUGCCCCCCACACAUAUAUAUACUGCCCCUCCAUACAUCAAACACAUUCACACAUUGCCCCACACACACAUACACUGCCCCCCAUACACACACUGCCCCCACACAUACCAUACACAUUCACACACUGCCACCCCAUACACACAUCCAGUCCCAGGCCCGAUCGCAGGCCAGCAUCUUCAAGCCACGGACUCGGGGCUCAUAGAGUUAAAGCCCUUCCCUGAAGGGGGAAACAGAAGGAUUUGGCAGGACGUCUCUGUUGGUAGCGAUUAGUCCUCUGUUUGUUUGGGUGAUGGCGCUGGGUCUUGCCUGCUUUGGCCCUUGGUCUAAGUGGGCUAGUAGUCGUGGGUGCUUGUGCUGGGAAGGAAUAAUUGCCUGAAGGAGACCUCGUCAUCAUCCGGACCUUGCUCUCCCAAGCUAAGGGCAACGUGGCUUUCUGAUAUGCCUCCAAGGAGGCCCAGAAGCAGUUAAAGAGCUCCUCCAGCCGCCACAUGGAGUGCUCCUGUUUUUUCUUGUUCAGCUAUUUUAGCUUUAAAUUUCCAUUUAAAUUUCCAUUUGUCAACAUUUCACAGGUUUACUAAAUAACCCCAUGAAAUUGUAUGAAUCACAAAGCAAAUGAUACUUUAGAAUUUUUUUAUUUUUUUUUAAGGUACUUUGUGUAUUAACCUUUUUGUACUUAUAGGUUGCCUACAGUCACCCCUGGACCUCUGCUAUCUGUUGAACAAAACUCUGAGAACCCGUGGCACAUGACCUGUCAUGCAUGUCCUGUUGUCCUACAAAACAUCCUCUUGGGUCAAGAAGGCCAGAUGUGCAGAUGCAGCAACCACCAGGUUCCCUAUGUCACCGACUUGGAAUAUGACAAACUGAUAAACAAGACGUCAUGCACUGAUCAAAUCACAGUUGUGUGUGUUGUGUCAUCAUUAACAUCAGAAGAAAACAAGAGCAAAGAUGUGUUAGACGAACUGUAUGAGAAAAUGAACCGCUACAGAACCAUGCCAUGUAUGCAGGUACUUUGCAGUUAUUAUAAGAUACACACAUCUGUGCAAUAUUCUCCAUAACGAACAGGUUAUAAUGCAUGGAUCACUUACCUUUUGACUGCAGUCCCUAUUCUUGACAGAAUUGGGAUAUACAUAUCCUGGUCUGCCUGAGAUUAAUGGGAGAUGUAUUCCCCAACAGCAUCUACUGCCAUUUUAAUAACGACAGUUGAAAUACCUGCCUCCCAGGUCUGCAACUCCCACUAAUCUCUGGCACCAUUGGGUCAUAGUAUAUCCCAUUGCUGCCUUUACGGUAAAGUUCUCCCCUUAAUCCCUAUAUGACCCUACCACACUACCCUACACAUUAAACUCUACAGUACCAUAAAACUAACAAGGUUAUUUACCAAAGUGAGGACUGUCGAGAAUUAAAAAUUAAUUUGAAAUUUAAGGUCAAAUAGCUGAAGUGGAAAAAUUCUCAACUCAGUUGAGCUACUUUGGCCUAAAAUUUGAAAUUCACUUAGAAUUUGCGAUAAUACUCACUUUAGUAUAUAACCCUGCAAAAUACAUUCAUUAACACUUACACUAACGCUAACCUAAAUGUUAUUACAGACAGGAGGCUCAUAUUAUGUUUUAUACUUUCUAUACUACUCGAAGCAGCAAAAAUAGCUUAACAAUAAGAUAGGUAGAAUUAACAAAACAAAAUAGUGCUACAACCAAACUUGAACAGGUAAAUCAUUGGACCAAUCAGAAAGGAGCACAGCUUAUAUAACAGGAAGCCUGAAAAAAUCCCUGCUCUUUCUGCUGCUUCAUACAGUUAAGUAUUCUACAUGACUUACCCUCUAACAUAAGUCCUGGUUUCUAUAAUAUUUGGUUUAAAUUGCAUGCAGCAUUUCAGCAAACAUGGAAAUUGUGACAGUAGAUAUAUUCAUAUAUAUUUACAUUUUUAUUUGCUGUACCUCUUGUUGGUCACAGUGAAUUUGACUUAGUCUUUUCUUUUCUGUGAUUCACAUUUGGUCCAGCUGUCAAUGCGAUGGGCAUUCCAUUUUAGUUGCUACCGUGAGUGCAUCCCGUUGUGGCUGCUAUUAGCACUCCUUUACUUUUAUACAUUGAACUUUUGCCUAACCGAGCUCCAAUCGAGGCCUUCAUUUUGGAUGCGAGCAUUGCAUAAGAUGUCACCCUCUGUUCUCCCCCUCCACAAAGUCCUCCUUUGCUCUUCUGCGGUUGUGGUUUGCUUGGUCAAAUGUCAUUUGCAGCAGCAAUUUCGGUGCGUGACCAGUGUGUCUAUCUCUGCCCUCUGUUCCUGCCUUCAUUAUGUAGUUUCCAACAUUUUUCCCUCACACUGGGUGAUUUUACGAAUCAGUUGAAGACAUUUUGCUCUAACUCAUUUUCAGUCGGCCAAGAGUUUUCAAUUAUUUCAGAUAAGUUUGAAUCUAUUGGUUUGGAUGCUAAGGGCCAACCCUUUUUUGAUCCUGGGCACAUCAAACAUCCCGAUCUGGUGGAUGGGUUCCAGCUACCCAUAUAUCACAAUACCUAGAAAUUUGGCUGAGAAAGUCUUUGGAUAAAACAACAAGGUAUCCAUGAUCCCUGAUUUGUAUCCCAUCAUUGUUCAAUUAUGUAAAUCAUCGAAGAGUUCCAAGAAAAGAUUAGACAGAUCAAUGAGAUCUUGUCAAGAUAAAUUAUUAGAUAUAUUGCUCUCUGGAAAUUUGGCUUUAUCCUGUGAACACAUAGAUCAAUCAUCAUGCGAAUGGACCCCCAAUGGCCAAAAUUGCCAACAAUGAUCCAGGUCCUUCCGCAGAUGGCCUUUUAUUUGGGAAAGUAUUCAUAAAAGAAAUACAUUAAAAACUUUAGUAUUUUCUCAUCUCUAGACAAACUUCUAUGAAAAAGUUUUUUUUUUUUUAUCCAAAGGUUUUUGGAGAGACUGAGAAAGGUUGCUUAAGCAGUCAUAGUUCCCAUAAUAGACAAUAUUCCAAAGGCACUUUCCACACUUUCUCCAUUUUUUUCCUCCAGAGGGAGGCAAUGGAAACCUUGAGGUCAAUUUACUUGCUUCAUCAGAUGUAUUUACAAAUUUUCAAUUCUUCCAACAUAAAAUUAGGAGACAGGCUUUCCAUUUUUUCCCCCAUAUUUGGGAUAUGAUAAGACCAGAUCCUUGGUGUGGCGGACCGCUUGACCCCCCCCGACUGAGUACCUCUAGCUCUUACAAGACCUAGUGAUAUUAUAGAAAUCCCCCCCACACAUGAGAUGAGGCUCUAUGCUGGGAAGUCAUCUAGUUUAAUGGGAGCCACACACUGACUUUUAUGUAACUCCUCAUGCAAAGGGGUUUCCUUAAUCACAUUCCAGGGGCAUUCCCCACUGGACCUGAGAGGAGACUAAUUACAAACAAACAUUCCACACACUCCUCCCAUGUGCCUGAGAGAGAAUUACCUGAGCACACAAACAUAUAAUUAAAUUAUCUCUCAGGUACAAAAACAUGCAAUUUUAACAAACCCCAAAAAUCACCCCCCACCUCACAUCACCUGAUAGCCCCGAUCUGGGGGUCCAACAUAUCCAAAAAUCACCCAGAUCGGUUCAGGGGUUCGGGAUUUCCAUGGAAGGCAUAAUUUUGCCUGACCGUGCACUUGGUCCUAUGCCCAAAACAGUUCCAUGAAAUCAGUGCUAACGAUCCGUGAAAGGUAUCCAAUCUGGGUUUCGCUGCUAUUACUCCCCAAUUAUCCCUUUUUAUCUAUUUACUUACGUACUCAUUGGUUACCAUCAGGUAUACAGAUGUCCAUACUUAUAUAUGCUACUAGGAACACCCUUAUUCAUAGGUAUCCAUAACCUCUCAUUAAGGGGGAUCUCUAUCCUAUUUUCAUUUGGACAAUAUCUAAUAGUAUACCUAUUCGAUAUACCCAGACUCAGACAAAAUAGCUGUUACAAUUGAAACGAACACUUUGCAACAUUGUAUUCAGCACACCUGUACCUAAUUAUCAUGGAUACUAAUCUAAGCAGCUAGUCCUAUUUUAAUCACUACCUUUAUUGGUUUCUUUCUCUCCACACUGUAUUCACACUGUUAACUCAAACCCCUUUUUUUUUUGUUCGUUUCCUCAUUAGGGAUUUAAUAAAAUUAUAGUUCUUUUUUUGCUCUUUAAAAUAGGUAUUUCUAGCCGAAUAUUGAGCAUCUUUUCUGAGGAUACUAAGUCUGUUAUUGGGUUCGCCUGCUUAGCUUACCUUUUCCAGCCUUUCCUUUUCUUAUCAAUUUUGGGUUAUGCCCUCAGUAUCCCACAACCACUUCAACUCUGUUGAAAGGUUUUCCUUCUCCGCAUUGUUGGACAUUUCUUAACGAUCGGUCAGGUUCGGUAGUUUAAAACUGAACAAACUACCGAACAUAGUCAAUAGUCUUACCCUGGAGCUUAUUCACCUUGUUCGUGGAAACGUUUCCAGUGAACAGUGCCCUUCUAAGUUGUGUAGAACCGAACGCAGGCGAUGCUGGAAGUCCAGCAGCGUUUGGGAGUUUCUGUGUCCGAUUUCAGUUCCAUGAGAAUGAGAUUCAUGCCCAAACAUAUACGGCUCUGCGAUAAAAUUCAAGAUUUUCCUAGCCCUGGGGAGUAUUAUCACAUCCAUUAACCCAUCCCUAUUUUUCUCUACUCUUGGCAGUGCUAGGGAAAAUUGUUCUUCUGCCGACAAUAUUCUGGAAGAAUUUCAAGCUUCAUUGUUCUGAUUUCCUGUUAUAUUUGGAAUAUCUUCUUUAUGUUCUCAAAUUUUAUGUUCACUAUUGUUGCAGCACGAAAGAGGUAGGAAUUCUUCAGCCUCCCUGUUAUAUAACCUGUACUCCUUCCUGAUUGGUCCAAUGAUUUACCUGUUCAAGCUUGGAUGUAGCAAUAUUUUUUUUGUUCUACCUAUUUUAUUAUUAACUCUCUUUUUUUCUGUUGUGAGUAGUAAAAAAAAGUAUAAAAAAUAUUACUCGCCCCAGGACUAGGUAAAACACGAAAUAUUAUGUAGUAGUAGUAGAUUAUAUCAAUUAUGAUUUUAGUAUGAUUUAACACUAAAACCUUGUCUAGACCCGGAUUGUAGAGGUAGUUGUGUACUGUCAGACAGUAUGUUUUGAGAUAACACUUUUUAAAAAACAUUAUCAUGUUAAUUUUAGGAAUAAUAAUGUAUGAUAUUAUGUCACUGCAGGGUCGAACGGACUCUUUCCGCCUUUUAAAAUAUGAUAUCAGCUCACCGAAUGAACUCACUGGUCACAAGAAUUCAUUACUGGUCCAAAGGCACAAUGCAGCCCCAGGCAUGAUCUUGGUAUGUAGAAUUCUGGUAUAAAUAUAAAAAUAAUAUAUUGUGAUAUUGAAUCAAUUGAUGUUAAAGGGUUACUCCAAUAACCAUGACCAUUUCAGUGAUAUGUAGUGGUUAUGGUGGUAGGAGUGAGUAUGUGUAGUGAUAUUGUUAAUUGUUUGCCGGGGGUUAGUUUCCACUGCGCAUUAAACAAAUGUCAAAAUCUGAGCUGAAAUAUUCUGCGCUCUGAGCUGACAAAUUGUCCAAUCACAGGCUUCCCUUUGACAAGUCAGUGAUUGAGCUGCGUGGUUGCACUAAUAAUGUUGUAGGGGGCUUGGAAGAUCAGGGCUGGAAGCCUUGCUCGGUGCUGGAUUCAAAAUAAGUAAAACCUUUUAUAUACAGGUUUUACUGGAAAUAGAGAGGGGGAACCUUCCCCAUAGCACCAGUAUGGCAUAGUACUCCCUCAAAAGAGUUAUGGUAAACCUCUAAAAAUAUUUUAAGCUGAAUUCUUAGGUGUGUUUGCAACGGUAUGCCAUUUAAUAGUUUGAUUACCUUAAAACAUUAAACAAAUAUAACACCACAUUCUUAAAGGGCAAAUGACUGUCAUUCUGUGCACUGAAAGUUAAACAAAUUUGACAUUAGCCUGCACUAGGCACUGUUUCGUCAGUCCGUCCAUCCAUUUCUUCUAUAAAUUACUAAUGACAUUAGUUAUAUUCCAUCAUAGAAGAACAAUUCCCAAAGCUUAUUACGGAGAACAAAAAACAAACACAAUAAGGCAGUUGCAGGGUCGCACAAUAUUGCACACAGCUCUACAGACCCCGUUCUAUCAAAACAAUCAAAUAUUAUCUGGAGAGAGUGUUUGCAGCGGAUAAUAUCCACGAACCCAGGUGGGCCCAUAAAGUUUUCCUUUAAGCUUCGUAGUGGCCAAAAGAUAAUGCCAUGCAUAAGGCAAGAGAGCCCCCUAAAGCCUGUCAAUUUUUAAAGCAUCUGGGAUGCUGCAAAAUCCCUUUUCUUUAAAAAAUGACUGUACAGUUCUAAUGUGUAUUCAUCUCAAAUUCUCCUCUUCUCUUAUUGAAGCCCAUCCAAGAUAUUGAUUAGAAGACACUGUUUUAGAAAAUGCUAUAUAGAUAGUAAUGCAGUUCACAUAUGUGUAUCCUGUGAAAAUGCAGAUCAUGACAUGCACAAUAUUUUUUUUAUUUAUAUAUUACACAACUGAAUAACUUCUUAGCGGCAGUUUUGGUUUGUACGUUGAGUAAUACUUUGAUAGUUAGUUUAUUCAGUUUUAUGAUUACCAUGUAGUUAGUUUUGCACGUGACACAAUUUGGGCAUUAUGAUUUGAAAUUAGCAGUGACUCUAACUGCUAUUGUUUCUUUUUCUAAUUCAGACAGAAUAAUAAUUAUAUUGCAUAGUCUGCAUAGAGGAUAUUUGCUCUGCCAUUAGUUAAGGGAGCACUUGCUUAUUUUGACCACUUGGUGGCACUGUUAUGCUGGAAUCUCAGUCUGCUGGCAGUGAUAGAUUGUGCUCAGCAUUAGAAUUAAAAAUACUCUGUAUACAUUCAGAGCUACAUGCUCAGCAUACAUGUGAUGGAUUGUCAAUAGAUAUGAGAGCUGAGUAUGUUUUGAAAGCUACAUAUAAAAAGAAAUGUUUAAAAUGGACAAAGGUUUAAAAAAUAAUAUCGGGAAGUAUUACUUUACUGAUAGGGUAGUGGAUGCAUGGAAUAGCCUUCCAGCUGAAGUGGUAGAGGUUAACACAGUAAAGGAGUUUAAGCAUGCGUGGGAUAGGCAUAAUGCUAUCCUAACUAUAAGAUAAGGCCAGGGACUAAUGAAAGUAUUUAGAAAAUUGCUCAGACUAGAUGGGCCGAAUGGUUCUUAUCUGCCGUCACAUUCUAUGUUUCUAUGUUUCUAAAUGUGCUUAAGGUUUCUGAUUAUUAUAGCGCUCACUUCUUGAUUCUUCCAAUAUCCAGCGAAGUGACAAUUUUAUUAAAUUUGGGAUCUAAUGAUCAUCUCCUGGUGACAGCGGCUGGAGGUGUAGUUAUCCCCGCACAUUGCUGCAUCUCUGAAACCGCAAUGAUGAUUUAUAUUGUGGGAUUUAACAAACAGGAUCACUGUAAGAUCAUUAAGAUGAAGUUGUGUUGGUGCUUUGUGUGUCCCUUUAAAUUUUGGCUGAUGGCUCAUACAGAAUAUGCACCAUUUUACAUUAUUUGGAAGAAAGCAUUUCUGGCGUAAAAAUCCAUCUUAAUUUAGCUAAAUGUUCUCUUUGAGAUGGGGCUGCUAGGACAUCCCACUGUUAACCUAGGAACCUGCUUACGAUGUCACUUUCUUGGCACUAAAGACAUUUCUGUUGUCUGUGUUUGAAACAAACAACUUUACACAGGGCUAGUGAGGAUAUUUGUCCCCAAGAGACCGCUAUUUUUCUCUGAUCGUUGCAUGUGCUUCCUGCUACAUGAAUAAAUAUACACUCCAGUCAAUGUCCAAACAUUUGUCUCUAGACCACCAGGAAUAGAUUUGACAAUGUUUGCUGCAUUCAGGGGAAUUUUAGAAUGAAGUUUAAUUUUAGCUGCAAUCGGGAAUUGCAACGUGCUUUUUCGAGCACUGAUUUACCUUCCUCACACAAUGAUAGAGCCAUGUUCCAAUACAGUGGGUGUUGUUACUAAAUCUAGGAUUCGGGAGAAUAGACACAGGAAUUGCAGAAAUCUGUCCGAAGAUUAAAAAUUCCCCAACUUAACUUUUUUCUGCUUAUCCCAUCUGUACUUAAAAUGUGAUGUUCCUUUGUCAAUUCUCCACAAUGCUCAGUUUAAUGCAGGGGCAACCAUUGGCAGCGCAGCUGUUCAUCUCCUAUAAAGCUCUUACAUCCAUAAUGUUAGCAAAGCAUCAGGGGAGAUGUAGUCCACAACAUCUGGAGUGCCGAAGGUUGCUACCCCUAGUUUAGCAGAUUAACUCCACUGUUUCUCAGUGUAUGUUAUGUCGCUAUCAAUCUUUGAGAUAAUCCAAUGUUUUCCGAAGAGUAGAAUUAUUAUUAUUGUAAUUUAUAUAGCACCAACAUUUUCCGCAUCUCUUAUAAUUAGCUCUUAGAAUUCUAAAAUGGGGAUACUUGACAACAAGUAAUUAACAUACACAAUAUAAAGUAGACAAGAGGUGAAGAAGGCCCUCAAGCUUACAGUCUAUGAGGAGAUUAAAGUAACCCCUCGAUGAAAUUGUUAUGGGGCUGGAUUUAAUAGGCAUAGUCUCAUCUUCAGACAGCCUAGCCCUGUCGCUUCCUCUGGUGGCUGCCACCUCCAGGAAGGUUUUCCGUGGUGGCCAGUGAAACUCUUGUCUUGGCCUAUCUUUGAGUUGUAGUGCAUGCUGAUACUCUGAAGGGGUUGCCAGCUAGCAUCAGCUUAUCACUGGCUGCCAAGGCCAAUCUUUGUUUACUGUAUGGCAGCCAGAGUUACAACAGAAGAAAUAGAGUUGCUGGGUGCUGAGAGGCCAGUUUCGAGUUAAACCAUUUGAAAAUGAUUGAACCACUGGAGGGAGGUAAAGUGGAACCCAAUUACUUCUGCCUCCAUAACAACUAUAUAGAGAUGGAGUUAUUAUUGACUAGGAGUGUUCCUUUAAGAAAUACUAUUUUAGAGAAGUGUUUCUCAAGGUGAUCAAGUUGUGGCAAUUGGUUGCACUGGGAUUCUGCAGAACUGAAAGCCUCUGCUUCACAGUCUCAACAAGUAAAAGGUUUGCACUGUCUGCAUCAUGUAUUGGUGCUUGUUUCAUGUACUGUGUAUUAUACAUAAAAUACAUUAUUGGGGAGGCUGACUGCCAUGCUGGAGGGUCACUUCCUACAGGAGCUUCGUUCUUUUGGAGAAUUCUUUGUCUGUUUUCUUUAUUGAAACAAUUAAUCAAUACCUGGUUGGGAGGUCACCCACGAGAUUAGCAGGCAGCUUCACUUCGCUUCCUGACAGCAGGUACGACUUGAUGGCAUUGAGCUUUUGGUGGGGGAGGCAGACGAUCCCUUUAGUAUGGUAGUAUAUAAAUGAAAUAAAUAAAUGAAAUGGUAUCAGUGACAUCCAGCUACAUGUGGCAGACUUAUCUGUAGCUUCCCCAGUCCUUGAGUCUAUUUUCUACGUUCGCCUGGCUUAGACCUUUAAACAGACACUUUCUCUGGGAAAUCCUCAUCCUUCCCUUCUAUGCUGAUUUAUCCAUCUGCUGUGCUAGAUCUUGUCUGGAUUUGCAACACCUGUGGGGGAAAAGCCUCUUAUGUACAGCCAGCUGACCAGUGAAAGUUUUUCUUCUGAAUGAGAAUGGAGCAUUAACCUGCAAUCACUACAUAUGCUGUAAUCUAGGGGCCCUCAAAAAUGUUGCAGAAGUAUUGAUAUUCUUGUACAGAAAUUUUAAGUAUCAAAAGUCUUCUGUAUUCUAUUUUAGUACAGGUCGCCCAUUGACAGCUCAACUUUUUUGGAAUGUUAAAAAUAAAAUGUAAAAUCUUGACUAUUUACCAAAAGAUAAGAAAUAAUUCCAUAUGUUUCAGUGGUGAAGAUUAAAGGACCACUACAGUUUCCCAGCCAACGUUAUCUCAACGUAGUGUCUGGGUGCAGUGGUUAUUGUACCCCGACAAUGUAACACAUUGCAAUUUUGUAGAUAUGGGAAAGUUUCCAUUCUAGAAAUUAAAGACACCACUAGUCGCUGUCUUACUGAUAUACAUGAGACAUGCGCCAAGUUUACGCAUCAGGUCCCCAAUGUUCCUCUCUGGGGAGCAUUGUAUUGAACCAUUGCUGGAGGAGGCCUAACCUCGGCGAUGACCUUCGCAAGAGGCAAAAAGGGUAACCGUAAGUCAGUUAUUUUAUGGCAAAUGGGACGUACAUACAGACAGGGUUAGUAUAGUAUUAGAAAUGCAGGUUUAUACCCUUAAUGAUAUAGUGUUCCUUUGGUGCCAAUAUGGAUAAAUAUUUGUUAUUAGGUUUUCAGUUUGCUACAAUUCCGCAUUUAAUGAAUAACUCUCUACCCCAAUGUAACAUUAUAAAUGUCACAUUUUCAUAGGCAUCUCCACUGAAUGCUUAUAGGCAGCGGUUUAACCCAAUUGUGAUAUGUGUGAUUAGAGCUAGAUGUGAGCAGAUCCGAGAUUCAGUAAACUGUAUAGAAAAUAUGCAGGGUAAACACGAUUUAUUUUAUAUGUCGUAACAACAUCAACAUAGAAAAAGUUCACUGCACUCGAAUAUCAGAGAUAAAAUUAAGAAAAAGUCAAACACAUGGAAUACAUAUAUUUUUAUUAAUCUGUAGCCUCUCUUACUUUUCUUUCAUUCCUGGUUUUCAUCUUCUAAUAAGAAGCAUGAAAUUGCCCUUUAUAAAAGGCAAGCAUUGUAUACAGCUGUAUCUAUACAUAUUUUAUUAUAUAUUUUUUUAUUAUUAUUAUUAUUCUUAGCUUGUAAAAUGCAUGAUGUCAGACAGCAUCAAACUCAUGAUGAGGGACUCCUGAUGUUUUCUGCCAAUCCUAGUUAUGGAAUAGAUGCUCAGUUAAAGGGACACUCUACUCCCCAAAUACAAAAUAAAUUAAAAUCACUACUUAGUAGAUAUACCUCAAAAUGAAAACAUCUGUGCAUUUAAUUGUGCAUUGGAGUUAUAUCUAAAAUCAGCUUGCAAAAAAUGCAGUUCUCUUGUCUGCUGCGUUUGCAAGCCCUCCUCUUCUAACCCCGCCCAAACUUUCUGUGGCUGUCUAAUCACAGACUCCCAAUGUAGCUCAAUUAGAAAUCUUUGCAAAGCAGGUGCUCUGGGCAAUUGCGGCCUCUUAAAUUGAAUAAGCUAGCCAAACCAGGAAGUAACAGGACCCAAUGUCUGCUCGAAAGCCAGGGGGUGUAACCAAUAUAAUUUAUAAAAGGGUAAACUUUUUAAUGAAAUCGACACUAUUUCCAAAUUGAAAAAAAGAGGACAUAUUCUUCACAUAUAAAGCUUUUCAGCAAGCUAAAGUGCUUUAGGGGUCUGGAGUGUCCCUUUAACCCCUAAAUGACACAUGACAUGUGUGACAUGUCAUGAUACCCUUUUAUUCCAGAAGUUUGGUCCUUAAUGGGUUAAAGUAAAGUGAGAAAUUGUAUUCAGAAAUGUCAGACGAUGAAUGAUUUGGCCUCUAUAAUGCAGCUAAUGUGUUUCUAUUAACAGAUGUAUGUUCGUGGAAAGCUAUUAUUUGCAAACUACAUUUUUAAUGGUUAUGGCCGAUCACUCAAAGAUCUUCACAAGCAAAUAGCUCAAACUAGAAGUGAAUACCAAAUGGGGUACAGUCUCCCCAAUGACUUCAAAUUCAGGUUUGUGUCAUUUUUCCUAUAUUGAAUAAAGUGGCAAUAUUUAUAUUAUGUGGAUCCUGCCUUAAACAAAAAACAAGUAAAUUAAAUAAUGUGUUAUUUUAGAGAAUUUGUGAUGGUAAUUAAUGAUAGUACAGAUUGCUUUGGCAGCAGACAUAUUUAGUGCUUAUUGAAUUCACUGCAACUGAUGUCAAUAAUUCUGGUAAAAAUCAGAUACUCUUCACUUACUUUUCCUGUAUGUUUUGUUUGAGUUAAAUGUUUGUCUUGUUUAUCCAUUGUACAAUAGAUACAGGCAUUCGUUAUCGAACAAACCGAAUUACGUCUGAAUUUUGGAAUUUGUGAGAUUCCAAAUUUGCCAGCACAAAAAAUAACAACAUUAAGAAAAUGUUUGCGUCAUUUUACUCUUUCAGCUAUUUAGUAGAUAGCUCUAUAAUUUAGUAUCAUAUCCUUAUGUGGGAUUGCCAUAAUUAAUAGUACCAAAUUAGGGACUUCUCUCCUAAACAACUGAAAGAGCAGAUUUAAGAAUCAGGGCUUUCAUUAUUUGUUCUCUUUCAUUUGCUUAAUAGAUGGAUCCCCUAAAUUGGAACCUGAUGUGGGGUUCCCCUACUUAGAAUACUAAACUUGGGUGGUGUAUAGUAGGUUGGUUACAUUAUUUGGUAUUCUGCAAAGAUCCUAAAUGAUGCAAGAACUGCAGUAUGAAGGCAUAAGGAAUAUUUUUGUGCAAAUAAUGUAAUAAACCUGCACAAAUAAGAAAAGCAGCCUAAAAAGUAACCACGUUUUACACAUAAAAAGAUUAAGUAAACUGCAGUCUGCUGAAUGUAUAACUUUAUAUAUAUAUUAUUUUUCUUAUUUCUUUUUUAGUCACGAAGGCCUUCAGAGCUAUUCAUCUCUUAAUACAGUGCAGGCAAGAUAA